AUGCUCGUCUUUCAUUUAAUCUCUUCUAUAGCGGCUAAAUCUGAUUCCUCGCUGUACAUAAAGUUAACAUUCGACAUUGUAUUGUAUCUGGGAACCUAUGCGGGUGCCAGUUUAUCUAUUUGCAGCUCACAUAAAAACGUGCUUUGGAAGUUCCAGCCGUUAAUUUACUGUAUUUUGGAAGACCUUGAUGUUAAUCAACAUGUCAGUUUCCAUAUACAAUAUCGUAAAAGCAGUUACAGUCCAGAUCCCUUGAGUGAAAGUCGGGUAUAUGUUGUCACUGCAAUCGCCCUAUUUAUGUUCCUGAUGAGAGUAUAUUUCCUAAUCGCAGCUGAGGAGAGUGAUAAACUAUUAUUGGCAGCCAAAAAGAUUAGAAGGGCAACGAGCACGGACUUUGUGGUAUCUUUAGUUGCAGAUGAUUUUUCUCGAGCCAGCAAUACAUAUGUUGGAAGACUAAGGUCUAACUUUCUGGGGACAAAGUUCACCAUAUAUGACUGUGAACCUCCGAAUGAUGCUGCAGUGCACCAUAAUAGUAGGUCGAGUCGAAGGUUCAACACGAGGCAAGUAUCUCCAAGAUUACCUGCUUAUAACUACAAUGUAGCCACUAUUUCCUACGAACUCAAUGUUCUCCGCACAAGAGGUCCUAGGAGAAUGAAUUGUGUCAUGAGUUCAAUUCCGGUCUCUUCAAUUCAGGAGGGAGGCACUGCCCCGACACCAACAUCAUUUCCACAAUGUUAUGAUGACAAAUCGUCUUCCCUACGGAUUUCAGAAGGAAAGGACUCGGCCUUAAAUUUCAGCUCCCGAAAACUUUCAAGUUCAUCAUUAACGCCACCACUUUCUGGAGAGCCACUAGUUCUAAAAAACAAAGCUCCUAGAUGGCAUGAACAAUUGCAGUGCUGGUGCCUGAAUUUCAAGGGCCGUGUUACAGUAGCUUCUGUUAAAAAUUUCCAGCUUGUGGCUAAUGUUGAUCCAUCUCUCAACAUAUCAGCUGCAGAACAAGAAAAGGUAAUUUUACAGUUUGGAAAGAUCGGAAAAGACAUUUUCACCAUGGAUUAUCGCUACCCUCUCACUGCCUUUCAAGCCUUUUUAAUCUGCUUGAGCAGCUUCGACUCAAAACCAGCAUGUGAAUAAUCUUCACAUGCGUCACAUAGAUUAUGCUCGACUUUCAUUUAAUCUCUUCUAUAGCGGCUAAAUCUUAUUCCUCGCUGUACAUAAAGUUUACAGUCGACAUUGUAUUGUAUCUGGGAACCUAUGCGGGUGCCAGUUUAUCUAUUUGCAGCUCACAUAAAAACGUGCUUUGGAAGUUCCAGCCGUUAAUUUACUGUACUUUGGAAGACCUUGAUGUUAAUCAACAUGUCAGUUUCCAUGUACAAUAUCGUAAAAGCAGUUAUAUAUCAUUCCAUUUUAUGCA